AUGGCCCCUAAAGGUCUCAUUAUGGCCGUGGCCGUGGGCGUGGCCUCGGUGAGACCGAUGGUAGUUGCGACAACCAUGGCCCAGUCGACUGAAGUCGAUAUUAUCUUCCCGGCCCUAAAUCAGAUGGACAUGGACGAACUGGAAGGAAGUGUUGUGAGAGCCGACGCCACAGCCACCACAAUCGAGAUUGACUGCCGAUUCAGCGUGAGCAACCAGUGUCCCUCUGCUGGUUAUCUCUUGCCCCAGACUCUCACUACCGGGCCGUCUUUCCAGGAUUUUCAUUACGAUAUUACCAGCUAUUAUAACCACACCAUCUACAUCGUUACUGGUAAUUUGGAUGGCAACGUGACCGAGUCUACGCUCGAUGCCUCCUGCUACUUCUCGACCAGUACCUGGAUCUGA